AUGAGUAAAGUACGCGAAUCACAUAGAUACUACCAUCAGCCGCUCCAAUCUUCAGAAUUCGCUAUCAGGCUCUUUAGCCUUAACCCGGUGGACGAUAGUUAUUUGUUGAGCGGCACAAUAACAUCUCACAACCUGAAAGCCUGUGGGAGUUAUGUCGCCUUAUCUUAUGAAUGGGGCGAGGAAGAUCCCCAGGUUGAAAUCAAGAUCAAUGGCCGGUUGUUCCUGAUCAGGCAUAACCUAUGGCUCUUUCUCAGUGUCAUUAAAUCGAAGCAGAACUCUGAUAUAUCACUAACCGACUUACGGUUCUGGAUCGACGCCAUUUGCAUAAACCAGCAGGACGUGCCCGAGCGGAAUGCUCAAGUGUCCAUGAUGGGGAAUAUAUACAAACAAGCAACCUGCGUCCUUGCGUGGUUGGGUUGGCCUCAAGGCUGGGAUCCUACAAUGACCUUUAACUUCAUCAGGAACUGUAAUAGUGCGGAAGCUGGACAGCGCUCAGUUGAGACUGAGGAAAGGUUCGGGGGACGGACGUACAUCGAGAUGUUACGUAUGGUUUUUCAGAUGUGUAUGUGUCGAUAUUGGUCAAGAAGAUGGAUUGUGCAGGAAAUUUUGCUGGCCAACAAGGUUAGCAUUAUGUGCGGUGAAGAUGAGCUCUCAUGGGCUUCAAUGUACGCUUUUGUUCAGCAAUCCGCUGAUUUAGGUGUUCUGUAUGUGCCGCGGACGGUGGAAGAGUAUGUGACGAUUAAGGUGAGGGGCUCCAGGUGUGAAGGUGUGAGGAGGAAAUUGGCGGAGACGAUACCGUUUGUGAUGAGCUGCUUUUGGCGCGAAGGAAUGCAUCAGCAUACUUUACGCCAGCUGUUCCUUGCGUUUCAGGAUACCAAUUGCGAGGUGCUGCAUGACAAGGUCUACUCGCUGCUAAGUCUCGCAAGUGAUGCCAGCAGGAUACCCGUCGAUUAUAGUUGUUUACCACAGACCCUGCUGUACAGAGUGAUUGUGCAAGGAGACUGGUCUAAGGAUAUUGAGUUACAGAUCUUGGCGAAGGCUUUGCAGAGCAUUGAAUUUCCAUACAAAGUCAGAAUAGGCGAAGGACAAAACAAACUUGACGGCACUGCACCCUUACCCCUACAUCUGGAAGAGAAUCGUUUCAUCGGUCAUAAAAUAUUGUUCUGCAGCAUUCAAGUGAGUCUUUGCGAGGUUGGUGUGUCAGAUAGAAAGCAAAUUGUUGCAAACUUUGAAGAGGCUGUGGACGGAAAGAGCAGACUUGGAAGCGAGUUAGAGGAGACUGAUUACGGGGAACUCAGUAACGAGAAAACCAAAAGACGCCGCCAAGAAGUGCAUAUUGGUCCCGGACGAGAAAGUCCAAGAAUUUUUGUCUCCAAUAAUGGCAGCAUGGGGGUGUCAUGCUCGAACGCAAGAGCUGGGGAUGUUCUUAGCGGCUUUUCCAGCGGGAAAAAACUGGUUUUACGUGUCGACCGUGAGGAUAUUUUUCGAAUUAUUGGCACUGCAGUACUUUCUCCGCCCUGUAUAUCACCUUUUUUCCAGUUAGCCCAACCAGUGAGGGUCUCCAAGAAGGCGCUGCAAGACGAACUUCGCUUCCUCGAAUUUUUGCUGCCAAACUGCAGUCCAGAUAGUUCCACUCUUGCUGACAUCCUCAUAGAACAGGAGAAAGAAGUCAUGUUGGAACGCAUCGAGCGUCUUGCUGACAUUGUAUCAUCUUUCGAGGCUGGCCACCAUGCUUCGAGUCGUCAUCGGGUGGCUCACUUUUUUGAGCAUGUGGUGUCAGAGCGAACUGCAUCUCCCUGA